CAGAUGAGUCAAAAGCAAGGAUGGGGAGGAGGUAAGCCAACGAGGGGAGGGUGGAGUUGCAAUCGUCAAGGUCAAGGAGGAUGGCGUGGAAGCUCAUAUCGUGGAGGCGGAAAAGGCAGAGGUAGGCCUACAUCAUGGAACAGAGUUCCAGGUGGAAACAAUGCUAGAAGCUCGAGGCCACUAGGGGUACCAUCCAGACAACUAGUAUCUGAUGUAGAUACCUUCUUACCCUACAAGGGUUGGCGACUUUAUUUCCCAGAUGAAGUGUACAGCUUUGCAUCGCCAACUGUUUCCAAGGUGAAAAUAUUUGAAAGGUUUUUCAAACAAAGGCUACCUUCAUAUGAUAAAGUAGGUGAAACCAAACUACUAAAAA